AAAUAUUUUUAAAAUAGUUACCUUCUGUUGCCAGCAUAAUCAGUAAUGACGAACUGUCUUUAAGCCUUUUUCAUAGUGGGGUUCUUACCUGGAAAAAAUAGUGGGGUUCUUACAGUUGACACUCCUUUUACUUUCAUGUCUCAAGAGUCUCUCUUCCCCUUUAUUGUGAUCUCCCACACAACCAACGAGUUCACUUUCUAAUAUGGCUUCUUGUUCAUCAUCUUCUUCUUCCCUCAAAGAAGAAAAAUAUGAAGUAUUUCUUAGCUUCAGAGGUGAGGACACUUGCUCUAAUUUUGCCAGUGAUCUUAAUGCUGCUCUGUGUCAGAAACAAGUCAAGACCUUCGUGGAUGAUUCACUUAGAAGAGGAGAUAAUGAAAUAUCGCCACUAAUUUCAGAAGAAGUGAUCGAAGAAUCAAAGCUAGCGUUGAUUAUUUUCUCAAAAUACUUUGCUUCAUCCACCUGGUGCUUGGAUGUACUUGUAAAGAUUCUUGAAUGCAAGAGGCGAAAUGGGCAGAUAAUUGUACCUGUUUUCUACCAUGUAGAUCCAUCAGAUGUUGAGAAGCAGACUGGGUAUUUUGGAGAUGCAUUUGUUAACCUUGAAGAACAAUUCAAGGAGGAGAUGGAUAAGGUGCAUAGGUGGAGGGCUGCUUUGAGAGAAGUUGCCAAUCUUUCUGGUUGGGUUUCGCUGGCUACGAGGCCUGAGUCUAAACUCAUUAAUGAAAUUGUUGAAUCUGUGAAACUGAAUUGUGAAAAUCUGAAUGAUAUUCGGGGGCUAGUUGGACUCCAACCACGUUUAGAGGAAAUUGAAAAAUUAUUAAGCAUUGGAUUGGCUGAUUUUCGUAUCAUAGGAAUUUGGGGAAUGGCUGGUAUAGGUAAGACAACCGUUGCUACUGCUAUUUUUAAACGAAUCUCUUAUCAAUUUGAAUCUUCUUGCUUUGUUGCAAAUGUGAGGGAAGAAUCAGAGAAACAUGGGCUGACUCAUUUGCGAAAAAUGCUCUUCUCUAAACUGUUGGGCUUGAGAAUAAGCACUCCAGAUUUUGGCUUCACUUUUACAAAGCACAAGCUUCAACGUAAAAGGGUUCUAGUUGUUCUUGAUGACAUAAAUAAUUUAAGACAGAUAGAAUUUUUAGUUGGAGGACAUGGUUGGUUUGGCCUAGGGAGCAGAAUCGUUGUAACAUCACGAGACAAUCAAGUUCUAAAGAAUGUAGUCGACGAAACAUAUGAGGUGAAGGAAUUAGAUCGCCAUGAUUCUCUUCAACUUUUUGUUAUGAAUGCAUUUAAACAAGACAUUCCCAAGGAUGAUGAUUUGGAACUAUCAAAUAAAGUGGUAGACUAUGUUAGGGGCAAUCCAUUAGCUCUUAAAGUUUUGGGCUCCUCUUUCUUCGGCAAGACCAAACAAGAAUGGAAAAGUGCCUUAGAUAAGCUUAAAGAAGUUCGUAAUGAAGAAAUCCAAAAUGUGUUGAAAAUUAGUUAUGAUGGGCUAGACAGUGAAGAGAAGGACAUAUUCCUUGAUAUUGCUUGUUUCUUUAAAGGCAAGGAGAUUGGUUUUGUGAAAAGAUUUCUGGAUGGUUGUGGUUUUUUCUCAGAUAUCGGAUUAAGCAUUCUCAUUGAUAAGUGUCUUAUUACAAUUUUUGAUAAUAGGCUACAGAUGCAUGAUUUAUUGCAAGACAUGGGUUGGGAAAUUGUUCUUAAAGAAUCCAUUAAAGAGCCUGGCAAACGCAGCAGGUUGUGGAGAGCUGAGGAUGUCCAUCAUGUAUUGACAAAAAACUUGGGAACUAGAAGAAUUGAAGCCAUAUCCUUAAACAUGUCCGCAGUUUCAGAGAUUCAAGUAGAUUUUAAAGCAUUUUUUGCAAUGACUAAUCUUAGAUUGCUUGAAUUCUAUACUCCAGAGAUGGGAAACUAUAAAGUGCACCUUCCUCAUGGUCUCAUGUCUCUUCCUGAUAAGUUAAGAUAUCUCCGUUGGGAUGGAUACCCUCUGAAAUCUUUCCCAUCUAAUUUUGUUCCUCAGAAUCUUGUGGAACUUAUCCUGUCUGAUGGUAAAGUUGAACAACUUUGGAUAGGAGUCCAGAAUCUUGUGAAUUUAAAAAGGAUAAGCCUUCGGGCUUGCAACCAUCUAAUUGCAAUUCCAGACCUCUCUCGGGCCACAAAUCUGGAGGAAAUAGAUCUUUCCCAUUGUAUAAGUUUGGUUGAUGUUUUCUCAUCAAUUCGAUGUCUCAACAAGCUUAUCCAUCUGAAUAUAAUAUCAUGCAAAAGUCUUAGGAAUCUUCCAGGCAGCAUUAAUAUGGAUACAAGGGGGGAUGCAGCAGAAGAACUUCAAGAUGACAUUUGCUCCUGGAAAUCUCUUCAAUAUUUGUCUGUCCAUGGUUGCUCAAGACUCGCCAAGUUCCCAGAGAUUUCAGGGAACAUAAAACAGUUGGAUUUAAGUGGGACUUCAAUAAAGGAUGUUCCUACAUCAAUUGGAUGUCUAUCUGGUCUUGUUGACUUGGCAUUGAGAAACUGCUCAAAACUUGAGAGUCUCCCAGGCAGUAUUUGUCAGUUGAAACUUUUAGAAAUACUUCAGGUAGAUGGAACGAGCAUAAAAGAGUUGCCCUCUCAAAUUGAAAAUCUACAAGGACUUGUUGAAUUGAGCUUGAGUAACUGCAAAGACCUUGUGAAAUUGCCAGAGAAGAUUGGGCAUCUAAAAUCUUUGCGGAAACUAGUUCUCAAUGGUUGCAAUCUGCUUGAAAUACCAGAUAGCAUUGGCUGCUUAUCCUCAUUGAAAGUAUUAGAUCUCAGUGAAAACAAUUUCGAGAUCCUACCUGCGUGCAUCAGUGAACUCUCAAGAUUGCUAUACCUUGGCUUAAAAUAUUGCAAGAGGUUUCAAUCACUGCCGCAGCUUCCACCACGUCUAAUAUUAUUGGAUGCACAUGAAUGUACUUCAUUGGAAACAGUAUCAGGCUUACUUACUAGACUCAAGAAAUACAAUUUUGAGUUCAUUUUUACCAAUUGCCUCAAAUUGGAUGAGAGUACACAGAGGACCAUUCUGUUAUAUGUUCAGAUGUCUUUUCUACGAGGACGAUACCCUUAUAGUUUUCACUUCCCUGGAAGAACGAUUCCAAAGUGGUUUGUCAAUCAAAGCAGGGGAUCUUCACUAACAAUUCACCUACCUCCAGAUUGGUUUAAUUGCAAGUUCCUGGGUUUCACCUUGUGUGCUGUUGUUAAAUUUCAGGACUAUCUCGCUGACAGUGGUUUCCAAGUUUUAGGCAGUUACCAUUUCAAAGAUAGUUACUCUCAUCACUUGCAUUUUAGUUUUUGUUUUGGUGGUUGGGAUGCUGAGCAAGGUCAUCCAAGAUCAAUCUUGUCUGAUCAUCUGCUUCUGGGGUUUGAUCCUUCUUUAUAUGCUGAAGGAUAUGAAAUUUUCAGCCAGCAUUACUACAAUGAGGUGUUGAUUGAAUUCCGCUUUCUGGAUAGGUUCCUAAAGCCUGUAGGUACUGAAUGCAAGGUGAAAAAAUGUGGUGCCCGCCUAGCAUAUGCUCAAGAUGAGAAAAAUGCCAGUUCUAUGAUGAGAGAAACUAAAAGAUGUUGUGAUGACAACUACUACAACGAGGCUGAACUCUGUGGAUGUGGAAAUGAUGGCUCUAACAAGAAGAGAGACUGCAAAAGAUUCAAAGAAACCAACUAUAUACAUAAUGCAUGGCCUUGAAUGAUAACACGAAAAUUAGCAAUUUCCCCCCACUGCUGUCCUCCAGAAACAUGCCUUAUUUAUUGAUCUCAUUUUUCUUGGUUUGAGGCAUAACUUCUUUGGAGGUUUAGGAUUUGAUUUCAUUUCUCUCCAAGUUAAUUGUGCUCUCUCUCUCUCUGUGUGUGUGUGUGUGUGUGUGUGUGUGUCUGUCUGUCUCUCUCUUUCUUUAACUGAAAACAAUCUUUAUUAUUUGCUUAGAGCAUUUCAAUUUACUGGUUUCUUGGUAUCAGGUCUUGUGUUUAGGAGGACACAUAACUAAUCUAUAUGUUGUCAAAUAUGGCUUCCUUUA